AUGUUUGUCCCCUUGCCGGUGCCGUUCGUGUUUCAGAGAACUGCUUCUGACCUCAACGCCUGGCGUCUCAAGUCCCCUCUGGCUCUCCGCUCCAACUCCGAUAUCAGGAUGUCAAAGCCAGCAGAGGUCGAGAAAAUUGGGGCCAACUCUCCGAUGGAGGGUGCAGAUUCAGAGCGGAAUGGACCUGAAUCAAAUCACCAGGCUCAGUCAAUGAAAGUCAAUCCCUUUUCCCUUUCACAAACCCUGAGCAGCAACAAGAAUAAGAUGGAGGAGUGUGGAGAGAUGUCUCCGGCGCUCCCUAUGUCUCACGGCCCGCCUCCCUCUCAGACGGCCCUGCAGCACACACAGCUCAUGCUGACCGGCUCCCAACUAGCAGGGUUGACGGCUCUGUUGCCAGCGCAGCAGCAGUUGUUGCUGCAGCAGGCUCAGGCUCAGCUCCUGGCUGCAGCCGUGCAGCAGUCCAGUGCAGCACACGCCGCUCAUGCUGCCCACGCAGCCGCCCAAGCCAAUCAGCAACAGCAGCAGCAGCAGCAGCAGCAGCAUGCGGGACAGACAGGGCAGCAGGCCCAGUCUCAGUCCCAGGGACAGGGACAGCGCACACAGGAACAGACGACCCAAAGCAUCCCUGUCCAGCCUCCCCAACUAACCCUCUCCCAGCCAAUCCAGCUCACCGCCCAGGACAUCCAGCAGUUGCUGCAGCUCCAGCAGCUGGUGUUGGUGCCCGGUCACUCCCUCCCGUCUCCGGCCCAGUUCCUCCUCCCACCGGCACAGCAGGGCCAGCAAGGACUCCUAUCGACACCAAAUCUCAUUUCGCUACCUCAGCAAACCCAAGGGAGCCUGCUGUCCCCUUCGAAUAGAAUGGGACUCCAAGCACAGCGUGAUAAGAGUAUGGAGGUGAGUGGAGUGACAACGGUGAACUCAGUGACCCCUCACCCCGAAGAGCCCAGCGACCUGGAGGAACUGGAGCAGUUCGCCCGCACUUUCAAACAGAGACGCAUCAAAUUGGGCUUCACACAGGGAGAUGUGGGUUUGGCGAUGGGGAAGCUGUACGGAAACGACUUCAGUCAGACCACGAUCUCCCGCUUCGAAGCCCUCAACCUGAGCUUUAAGAACAUGUGCAAGCUGAAGCCACUGCUGGAGAAGUGGCUCAAUGAUGCAGAGACCAUGUCCUUAGACUGCACCAUGCCUAGCCCCAGCUCCCUGUCCUCUUCCUCGAUGGGCUUUGACGGGAUGCCUGGUCGCCGCAGGAAGAAGAGAACCAGCAUCGAGACGAAUGUACGCGUGGCCCUGGAACGCGCAUUCAUGACGAACCAGAAGCCUACCUCAGAAGAGAUCCUCAUGAUCUCAGAGCAGCUGAACAUGGAGAAGGAGGUGAUCCGGGUCUGGUUCUGCAACCGCCGGCAGAAAGAGAAACGCAUCAAUCCCUCCAGUGCCACCCCUCCCCUGCCCAGCCAGCCCCCCACUGCCCCCCAAAUGCACAAACAGCCCUGCUACAGCCCUCACAUGAUGUCCAGCCAGCUGUCGCAGGCCGUGACCAGUCUCAGCACAACGGUGACCACCAUGUCCCCUGGCUGCCCCCUGACCUCCAGCCUCACCUCCACCCACCCUUCCCUCAGCUCCGCUCCCUCCCCGGUGACUCCUCCUCCCCCUCCCCGCAGCACGGCCAGCCCCGCCACCCCCAGCCACAGCACACUCAACCUCAACACAGGGAACACUGUGAUGGGAGUUAACACAGGGAUGAACCAAGCCCUCCUCGGUAACAAUCCCCUGGCCACUAUCCAAGCCCUAGCAGCCAGUGGUGGCCAGCUGCCUCUUUCCAGUCUUGAGGGGGCCAGUAAAUUGAUGCUGGGGGCCUCCGGGGGCCAAGGAGGCCUGCCCUCCUCCCUCUUCCUGAACCACCCGGCCCUGCUCCACAUGAGCCAGAACCCGGGACUCCUCAGCGCCGCCGUAGCCAGAGCCUCCCAAGCCUCCCCCUUCCCAUUGGCCAGCAGCAUCAGCCCCACCCCCUGCUCUCCCUCCCCCUGCUCAAGCCCCGCCUCUUCUUGCUCCUCCAGCGAAAUGGCACACAGCCCAACAUCUCCGGGCGGGGCCAAGAUUGAGUGACCGCGCCCAAACGGCCAAUCAGAGAGGAGGAGGAGGAAGGAGGAAACGGAAACCUCGCCUUUCACACCAAAGCUAUCUCUUUCUCUCUCUUGCGCUCUUCUUCCGAUAUUUUUCACGCAAUGGUUCUCUCUCUUGUUCUCUCCCAGUCUUUCGAUGCCAAAAAUACACAGAAUGAAAGAGGAGAGAGGGAGGGAGGGAGGUGAAAGAGGGGAGAAGGGGGGGAAAGGGGAAGAUUGAAACCAAAAAUCUUUAUCUAUCCAAACAGACGGAGAGGAGGCAACGUGGGACCUUUUUGUCAAUAACACGUGAUAUCGACAUGUCAACUCUUUCUCUCUGAAGGAAAACUAACCAAUGACUCUCUAACAGAGGAGCAUGUCGAAGUGCAUAAACCAAAAAUGACAAAAGAUAACUUUACUAUGUGACAAAGGAAUGGCGGCAAGGACAACAACAAAAGAAGAUGGAGGGGAGGACUGUGCUUACGUUUUCCCUUUUUGUAUUAUUUCGAGAAGCUGCGGGUCUGAAGGAAGAGGAGAAGGGAGGAGAAGUUUAAACCAAAAAUUAACCUGAAGAGGAGGAGGAAGAGGAGGAAUACACAAUGACAAAAAAAGAAAAAAAAAACAACCAACCAUACCAAAAUCCCAAAUACCAAAAACCAAAAAUGCGGAGAGAAAAGCUUUAUUCAAAGGACGUGUAAAUACUGAAGCUAUCCAGGACCAGGACUACUGCUACACACACACACACACACACACCAACCCAUCCCACCAUCCUGUCUGUCAGCUCAUGCGUCUCUUUUCAUGCUAGAUAUAUAUUCAAUCGUUUUGUAAAACAUCAUUACUGAGCGAGUCCAGAGCUGAAUGAUCGCCAUCUUAGUCUCUUUACCUACCUUUGGUUCCAAGAGCAUAGAGUAGGGUUCUUCUUUGAGAGACUUGGUGUGUUUUUUUACACUUUUGAGAGUCUGAUUUAAUUAUUUAUUAGUGUCAUUUUCCAUCCAACUCCUAUUUAUUGUUGCAGCUUUUUUCGUAGCGUUUGAAUCAUCAUCAUCAUCAUCAUCAUCAUUGUUGUUCAUCAUGUGUGUAUGUCGUUUUAAAUGUGACUAUUCUGCAGAGAGGUGAAGAGAAGCUCACCAAGUGCCAUAGAUCCAAAACAGAAAGUUGAUUUCACGGUGUGACUGAAUUUAUUAAGACCUAAACACUUAUCGUUGUUAAUCAGACCCCUCUCUUUAAGAUAACCCCAUUACAUAGAGCCUCUGUGACUAAAUGAACAUGCCCUGGAGAACUUCGCACACUGAAAUAUGGCGUUUGUUACCAUUGAAAGUAUGAAAUGGGGCUGUGAUUGGAGAUUUAAAAAGUAAUAACCCUUGAGACUGAAGAAUAAAUAAGUCAAUAAAGCCAAGUUUAGUCACAGUCCUGCCACA